AUGGCGGAGAUGUUGUUUCUCGCGUGCCACCUUCUCCUCUCCCUCGCCCUCAUCAUCUCCUCCCUCUCCCACCUAUACUUCUCCUUCGUUACCCACCUAUCCCUCGCGCACACUAACAACCACCGCUUUCGCAUCCUCCAGCAUCCACUCUUUCGCCUACUCCCCGUCCUCGCUGCCCUCCCAUUUCCCUUCCUUCCCAUCGCCCCCACCUCUCGCCUACUCUCAUUCACCCUCCUCCCUCCCCUCCUCCUUCUACUCCCCCUCCCCUUCCUCCCGGCCAACCACCUCCCACUCCUACACCCUUUAUUCUUGUCCCUCCCUCUAUUCCUCCAAGCCCAUGCUGUGGGUCUUCUCGCCGAUGCAUUCCCUGCAUCCGAUCUCCAGGUUUACACUCUCUCCAUCGCCACCCUCCUCCUCAUCGCGGCCGCCACUACUUCCCUAGUCUCCACAUUGUCGCAGUCGAGAACCACACCACUUGUUGGGGAGACGUUGUUUACCUUUGUCGGUAUCGUUGGUGGCCUCUGGGCUCUCCAAAGCGGCCUCAAACUUUAUGUUGACUCCUGCAUCCCCGCGGGUUGCCACCAGCUAAUGGACACAACCCUCGCACCAGCCACACGUUGUGAUGUUGAUGAAGCUAGGCUAUAGGCCAUUGCAGUCAUGGAUGUCAUGCUGUCAGUGCAUUGCUUGAUUGCGGCAACUUUUGUGUCUGGGUUGCAUCUCGGGGUGGCAAAGAGGUAUGGGGUUGAUGGUGGGGGUGUUAAUGUUGGUAUGGGGACAGGUCGAAGGCAUAAUGGCAUUGGGGGUUCAUAUGAUGCCCUGCCGAUGGUGCCUUUGUCAUCGGGGGCCAUUGAGGAGACGGAGCAUUUGCCUGUGAAGGGCGUCGUUGGCAAGGUUGUGGCACGGGAAUAA